AUGGCACCGGUCGAUGGGAAAAGUUGUUCGAUGAGACGGAUGCGAAUGAUCGUCGGCACCAUUUUCCUUUUCCACUGCGUCUUCUUCUUCUUGUUCAUUUUUUCUGUAAGUUUCUGAUUUGCUGAAGUCCUACUCUGGACUUGGGGCGUUGAGCAGAUCAUUUGGAAAAAAACGGAUAUUUUUUUAUCGGAAAAUUUGGCUCGAUUUACGGGGGUGUCCCCUGUAGCGUAUUAUAUUAACUUUCCACUAGGCCUAUCUCCAGGGCGGAACAAGAAUAUCAACUUUGAAGAAGUCAUUUACAGCCAGCGAGUCGUCGACCGGUCAAGUCCAACCGGCCGCGGAGCUACUGGCUGGACAAUUCGACGGUCGCCGUUCAAACCGAACGCAUUUCCUACGAGUUCUGCGUGGCUUACAACGUCACCAAAGCACAUGGGCGGUGCGUGCGACGACGCUGUGAUUUGAACAAAAAGCUUGUAGAUUCCGUGACGAUGGACUCGAGCCGAUCAGUUUGGCCAUCCACACGACGUCUCAUUACGUUUAUGACGUCGAAGAACAGGUAGUUUCUGUAGAUUUUUUCAGAGUCUUUUCAAAUUUCUUUCUCAAAAGGUCUCUGAAAAAGUUCCAUUGAAAUUUUGAGUUUGACUGACGUCCAGAAAAAGAAAAGAACUAUGGUUGAGAGGUAGAUGUCGUGAUAGCUGUUCAAAAUCAAGAAAAAAAAACCCAUGUGAACUUCAAAUUUUGCAGUGCUCGACCAGAAGCUGGAAUGGCCCCGUUUCUGUCGCCUUGUUCGUGGACCGAUUCUCCUCAAAUGCUGUUGAUUACUUAUACGAUUUGCAUCGAUGUGCUCCGAAAGUUCAUGAAAAGGCAGUUUUUUUAUUAUUCAUUUUUACCUUUUUUUUUCAGAUGAACCUUCACGUCGUCUACCGUCUCUCAGCGUUUCAGAAAAAGUGCGAGCCGAUUUUUGUGAAUGUCAGCAACAUGCCGUGCUCCAACUUUACAAGAGAAUUUCGUGGGUUUUUGAGGAUAUUCAUCGAAAAUUUCUUUAUUAAGCUCGAAGGUAGCAAAUAAAAAACGAGUUUACAAUGAUUUCUCGCUCACACAGCGUCAUAGCCAAAGUUUUUAUUUUCAAAAAGUAAAUUUCAGGAGGUAAAACGGUCGGAAAAAUCAUUAACUCUUUCGGAAUCUACCCGAUAAAUGUUAUGAGAAACGUGGCUCGCCGUGGCGCCAUGUCCAAUAUUCACGUUAUUGCCGACGUCGAGAUGAAGUUUAGGUAUGAAUGCCUCUAAUUGAACAAAGUUUACACCUUUUUCGCCGAAAAGGGAAACUUUCUGGCUUGUCUGCGCUCUCUUUUUCCUUCCAAAGACCAAAAAAAGACUUAGAACUCCAUGAAAGGAAAAGAGAACACAUAUAAGCAGACUUUCCAAAGGGAAUGAGAUUUAUAAAACGUCCAGUUUUUAUUUUUCAAGUCUUGGGUUCGCAUUGAAUAUGAAGAAGCUCGCGAAUGUAUACAUCAAUGGGCAAGAAAAAAACGUGAUUGUAAUACGGUGAGAAGAAGACUUAUUUCUACAGUUCAGCCUAGAAUUUUCAGAAGAUUCGAAGUUGAUAGUAGUAAAAACGUCCCUAAAGACCACACGGAACUCUUCAAUAUGAUCAAAUCACGAGAGUUAGUUCCGUUUCAUGGGACGAUGAAGCAGACAUUUUUCAGAGCUUUUGAAUUUCAUCACAAAUUUUUCCCGCUGGGACAUACGAUAGAAGGCUUGUGGCAUUGGUUCCGAGUAUCGAGAAAUUAUACCGAUCCAGUGGCGUGGGAAAUACCCUACAAGUGAGUAUUUGAACUACUUCCUUGUAUUUAAGUUGUGAAAUUGACUUUUUCAGAGGAAGUUCCUGGGAAGCCCAAGUCAUCCAGCACAGAAACGAUCCUUACAGUGCUGACUACAUGCCGACAAGGAUCCGAGACCAACAAGCCUUGGUUAGUCUUCAAAACCUUUUUAAAAGUUUGAAGACUUUUUCUGGCUCGGUAGCGCGCUCGUUCUAGAGUCUGGAGAUUGUCAGCACAACUAGCGGUUCUCUUUCAGAUCUACGAACUGUGUCGAGCCAACUACACUUUCCUGCUUGCCUCCCAGGUGUUCAACGUGCACCGUGGCGUCAAGAUCGCCGAGACCAACAUCAACACCGCCGUCGUCAAUCAUCAGAUGAAGAUUCGGAGCCGGUGAGGAAAGCUUUCUUUAAUUCUCCUCUAAGUUCUUUAGAAAAAAAAAUCUGUCAAGAAACUUCCCCUCAUUCAGAACACUUUUUGGAUUGACACAGCUGGAAAUCUUUUUCCUAGCUUUUUAGGAUGCAAAGGCCACCUAGAAAAUUGUAAAAUGAAUAAUAGCAGAAAAAUAAACAAAAAACCAAUAAUGAGAGUUUUUUCUAACGGUCCUUGCUGAAACUUUCCAUUUUUUUAGUGAAUUCGAACUACCCAAAAAAAAUUUUGAAGAUUAUGCAGCAUGAUCCUUGAAUUGACUAAGUCGAACCUUCUUUAGACUCCGUAAUCUAAUUUUAUCCAAAUUUUAAAUAAUAAAAGUGACCAAUUAGUAGCAUAUUUUCUCCUAGAAAAAAAGUUGAUUUAUUCUCAAUUUCCAGCGCCUUCCAAACGUACAAACACCAAAUAGACACCAAAUAUCCUGAAACUCAUCGACGAUGCGGCUUAUUCGUCAUGUGA